AUGCCACAGAAUAGAGCUGCCGAGUCGGCCCUCGCCUUCGAUGAUGAGACUGUUGUAGCGGUUCAUGAUGGCGUAGCGCUGAACGCCGCCGGUCACAAGGAUCAACUCAAACGCCAAUAUGGAUUCCUUGGGUUAGCUAGCUUGGCCCUCACAGUGGAUAACGCCUGGUUAGGGUUGGGAUCCUCCAUCUCCGUGUCAAUUCUCAACGGUGGCCCACCCGGCAUCAUAUACGGCCUCCUUGUUGCCGUCUUCUACUACACUCUAAUUGGCUUGAGUUUAUCAGAGCUUGCCUCGUCAGUGCCCACGGCUGGGGGCGUUUACCACUGGGCGACUAUCGCCGGAGGUCCUCGGUGGGGUCGAGCACUCGGCUUCUUCACCGGCUGGAUCAACUUCUCCGGCUGGCUGUUCGCCCUGGCUUCCCUGAUUCAGAUCUCAAGCAACGUCGCCGUGAGUAUGUACGCUGUCUGGAACUGGGAUGACUAUGUCUGUCAGCCGUUCCAUGUCUUUAUCGGGUAUCUCAUCAUUCUCUGGGGAUCGGCUGCCUUCGUUGUCUUUGCCAAUAAGUACACCCCUUACACUCAGCAUGCGGGGACCCUUUUUGUCAUGAUUGGCGGUGUCGUCACUAUCAUCGUUCUCGCCACCAUGACAAGGCAACAUGCAAGCAAUCACUUUGUAUGGGCAUCCUUCCAUGAGAACAACGCCACAGGAUGGCCUGGCGUAGUCGCUUUCUUACUGGGUGUUCUUAACGGUGCUUUCACCAUUGGCACGCCCGACUCCGUUACUCACAUGGCUGAAGAGUUGCCCCAUCCCAAGACAGACCUUCCCAAAGCCAUACUUCUUCAGAUAUUCCUUGGCUUUAUCUACGCCUUUUGUUUCGCCGUCGCACUGUCAUAUGCCAUCACUGACAUUACAGCUCUCCAAGGCGGUUUCAACUCGUUCCCUCUGACCAACAUAUAUGUACAGGCGACUACAAGCCCGAAUGGCAUCCGAAACCCUGGCCUCAUACUGACGGUGAGCAACCCUUUUGGGGGCUAA